AUGGCCCUGGACGGCGAGCGGGGGGAACAAGAGGAGGAGAAGAAAAAGAAGAAGAAAAAGAAGAGGAAGAAGAAGAAGGAGGAGGAGGCGGGGGCUAAGAAGAGCAGCUCACCCUUCGCGGCCACGAUGGGGGAGAACGACGCCGCGCUGCGGGCCGGCGGCAGGGGCCUUUCGGACCCGUGGGCGGACUCCAUGGGGGUGCGACCCCGCACCACCGAGCGCCACAUCACUGUGCACAGGCGGCUAGUGUUGGCCUUCGCCGUGUCCAUCGUGGCGCUGCUCGCGGUCACCAUGCUCGCGGUGCUGCUCAGCUUGCGCUUCGACGAGUGUGGGGCGAGCUUACCGCCCGGCGCCGACGGCGGCCCCGCCGGCUUCCCGGCGCGCGGCGGCAACGAAAGCCUUCCGGGUUCGGCCCGGCGCAACCACCAUGCUGGCGGAGACUCCUCGCAGCCCGGGGCAGGCGGGGAGGCCAACCCUGAGACCCCGUCCGCCCGGCCGCCGUCGGAGGAGGCGCGGGAGCCGUGGCAGCCGUGGACUCAGCUGCGCCUGUCGGGCCACCUCAAGCCGCUGCACUACAAUCUGAUGCUCACCGCCUUCAUGGAGAACUUCACCUUUUCCGGGGAGGUCAACGUGGAGAUCGCGUGCCGGAACGCCACUCGCUACGUCGUGCUGCACGCCUCCCGUGUGGCGGUCGAGAAGGUGCAGGUGGCCGAGGACCGGGUAGCCGGGGCGGUCCCGGUGGCCGGCUUUUUCCUCUACCCGCCAACCCAGGUCUUGGUGGUGGUGCUGAAUAGGACCCUGGACGCGCAGAGGAAUUACAAUCUGAAGAUCAUCUACAACGCCUUGAUCGAGAACGAGCUCCUGGGCUUCUUCCGCAGCUCCUACGUGCUCCACGGGGAGAGAAGGUUCCUUGGUGUUACUCAGUUUUCGCCUACACAUGCCAGAAAGGCAUUUCCUUGUUUUGAUGAGCCAAUCUACAAGGCUACUUUCAAAAUCAGCAUCAAGCAUCAAGCAACCUAUUUAUCUUUAUCCAAUAUGCCGGUGGAAACUUCUGUGUUUGAGGAAGAUGGAUGGGUUACGGAUCACUUUUCACAGACCCCUCUCAUGUCCACGUAUUAUUUAGCCUGGGCAAUUUGCAACUUCACAUACAGAGAAACUACCACCAAGACUGGAGUUGUAGUACGCUUAUAUGCAAGACCUGAUGCUAUCAGAAGAGGAUCCGGGGACUAUGCUCUCCAUAUAACAAAGAGAUUAAUAGAAUUUUAUGAAGACUACUUUAAAGUGCCCUAUUCCUUGCCAAAACUAGAUCUUUUAGCUGUGCCUAAGCACCCGUAUGCUGCUAUGGAGAACUGGGGACUAAGUAUUUUUGUGGAACAAAGAAUACUGCUGGAUCCCAGUGUUUCAUCUAUUUCUUAUUUGCUGGAUGUCACCAUGGUCAUUGUUCAUGAGAUAUGUCACCAGUGGUUUGGUGACCUCGUGACUCCUGUGUGGUGGGAAGACGUGUGGCUGAAGGAGGGAUUUGCUCACUACUUUGAGUUUGUUGGUACAGACUACCUCUACCCCGGCUGGAACAUGGAAAAACAGAGGUUUCUGACAGAUGUUCUACAUGAAGUGAUGCUGCUUGACGGCUUGGCCAGUUCCCAUCCAGUAUCACAGGAAGUGCUACGGGCAACAGAUAUUGACAGGGUGUUUGACUGGAUCGCGUAUAAAAAGGGUGCUGCUUUAAUUAGAAUGCUGGCUAAUUAUAUGGGCCAUUCAGUAUUUCAGAGGGGUUUGCAAGAUUACUUAACUAUUCAUAAGUAUGGCAAUGCAGCCAGAAACGAUCUCUGGAAUACACUAUCAGAGGCUUUAAAAAGGACUGGAAAGUAUGUAAAUAUACAAGAAGUAAUGGAUCAGUGGACACUCCAGAUGGGUUAUCCUGUUAUCACCAUCUUGGGAAAUGCAACAGCAGAAAAUAGAAUAAUAAUUACCCAGCAACAUUUUAUUUAUGACAUCAGUGCUAAAACUAAAGCACAUGAACCUCAAAAUAACAGUUACCUGUGGCAGAUCCCAUUAACUAUUGUGGUAGGAAAUAGAAACCAUGUGUCUUCAGAAGCAAUUAUUUGGGUGUCUAACAAAUCAGAACACCACAGAAUAACUUCUUUGGACAAAGGAAGCUGGUUACUGGGGAACAUCAAUCAAACUGGCUAUUUUAGAGUCAACUAUGAUUUAAGGAAUUGGAGAUUAUUAAUUGAUCAAUUAAUCAGGAACCAUGAGGUUCUCUCUGUCAGUAACCGAGCAGGUUUGAUCGACGAUGCCUUCAGCCUAGCCAGAGCUGGCUAUUUGCCUCAGAAUAUUCCCCUGGAGAUUAUCAGAUACCUGUCUGAGGAGAAGGAUUUUCUUCCUUGGCACGCCGCCAGCCGAGCUCUUUAUCCUCUAGAUAAAUUACUGGACCGCAUGGAGAAGUACAAUGUCUUCAAUGAAUAUAUUUUAAAGCAAGUUGCAACAACGUACAUCAAGCUUGGUUGGCCAAAAAGCAAUUUUAAUGGAUCUCUUGUUCAAGCAGCCUACCAACAUGAAGAGCUACGUAGAGAAGUUAUAAUGCUAGCAUGUAGUUUUGGCAACAAGCACUGUCACCAACAGGCAUCAACGCUUAUUUCAGAUUGGAUUUCCAGCAACAGAAACAGAAUACCACUAAAUGUUAGAGACAUCGUCUACUGUACAGGAGUUUCACUACUAGAUGAGGAUGUCUGGGAAUUCAUAUGGAUGAAAUUCCACUCCACCACGGCCGUCUCUGAAAAGAAAAUAUUAUUGGAAGCCUUAACUUGCAGUGAUGACAGGAAUUUAUUAAAUAGGCUUCUAAAUCUAUCACUGAAUUCUGAGGUGGUGCUGGAUCAAGAUGCAAUUGAUGUGAUAAUCCAUGUAGCUCGAAAUCCACAUGGCCGAGACCUUGCCUGGAAAUUUUUUAGAGAUAAAUGGAAGAUAUUAAAUACCAGGUAUGGAGAAGCAUUGUUUUUGAAUUCCAAACUUAUCAGUGGAGUUACAGAAUUUCUUAAUACUGAAGGUGAACUGAAAGAGCUAAGGAACUUCAUGAAGAGCUAUGAUGGAGUAGCUGCUGCCUCUUUCUCAAGAGCCGUGGAAACUGUCGAAGCCAAUGUACGCUGGAAAAUGCUUUAUCAAGAUGAGUUUUUCCAAUGGUUAGGAAAAGCUCUGAGACACUAAUGUGUGUCUCUUAAAAACAAUUCGACUCAGAAUUUUGUGAGAAGACCUGCUUUAUGUGGAAUGAGGAAAAUGGCCAGAUUUUCAGUGUUAACGUGUGGGAGGAAAUUUUUUUUUUAAUUUUUGGUUUUGGGGGAUUUUUUUGUUUCAUUCAUUCUGUUUUGUUUCUCUACUGGGUGUUCUUCUCUAAAGAAACUCUUGCAAGUGAAACUAGCCAUGACUGCUUCAGCUAUACAUUCCUCACUGUACGGGACCAAAUAUGAUAGUGGUGCAUGUUGACAUUGCAGUCAGUAUGGAAAAAACAUAUUCAGAAUAUUUUGUGCAUGGCUGUAUGGUCCUGCCUGUGUUCUAGCAUGCUUAUUUAAAAUGUCCAAUGUUGUAUGUGAAUAUAUGUUACAUCGGGAUUGACAUUAUGCAAAAGCACAAAGAUUAUCUGUGACAAUCAGUGAUGCAAUGACAGAAAAACUAAAACAGGGAAUUAUAUUCUUAGUCCUGGGCAAUGUGAGAAGUGAAAUAGCCCUUUAAGUGAUUGGUGUCACUUAUUUCAGCACUUGGAUUGUCUUGCAAUGAUUAUUGUACUGCUAACUCAUUUUCUUUGAGUUAAAGCUGUGUAUACAUUAAAAAGCGCAUAUAGAUAGUGUAUGCAUAUGUAUAUGUACAUAGGGAGGCCCCAUAUGUAUAUAGUAUGUUGUACACUGCAUUUGUGCAAAGACUCUCUUCAGCUCAAAGAAAAUUUAUCUCUUUUUAUAAACGUAUACAAACUUUGAAAAGGCUUCAAAGAAUUUAUCUCAACACUAUCCUUCCUGACAAUUUCCUGACUAAAUUUCUCAACUGUUACAGAUUUUUUUCAUCUACUUCCUGAAUGGUCUACUCUAUACAUAAAAAUGAAUUUAAACCAAAUUUAUGUACAAACGCUCUUCUAAUUUUCCUAAGUGGCAACCUCACAUCGUAAAUAUAGAUUCUGUCAUCAUUUUGGUCCCGCUUCCUAUUGGAUAAAACAGUUAUGUAUACUUAAUGAUUAUCAGUGCUGAGAAAGUGUUUCUUUUCCAUCUUCUUUGUUUCUCCAUCUCAUGUUAGGUGGUGCAGAGAGUUAAAAACUCCUCCUGUGUGUUGAUCUUUGUGUCUGUGUGAAUCUAAUCUCCCAUUAAGCGACCAUACCUCAAAUGGAUUCUUAUGACCUUUGAUGCCAGGUGUGCCAUUCGUUAAGAUGAAAAGUUUCUUUUCUUGAGCAAAGCUUUUCCUUUAGUAUUGACAGCUCUGUUCUACCUGGGAAUUUUGAAUAGUCUUUCCCUGGCUGUAUUAUGUAACACAAGUGUUUUUAAAUGGUAUUCUCACGCAGUAGGCCAGCUCUCCAAACAUUGCUUAGAUGCUCAAAAACGAACAUAUUUUAAGUUUACCAUUAUGAAAUGCCGAUACAACUAACUGUACAUAAGCCAAAUGUUUGUGGACCACUUUAUGUUUUCCUGAGGUUUUCCGCUCCUCUACAUCUUCUUGCAAAUCAUUGAAAGAAACGUUCUAACUCUAAUAGUCACUGAACAUUGGGAAAUAAAGUAGGUAUUUUAGAAACUGGAGCCAUAGAUUUAUUAUAGGUUUGUAGUAAAGAGGAACAAUUUAAUAAUCCAUAGAACAAGUAUCA